AUAUAACGUAAAAGCUCCUAUUAACGACCCCCUAAAAUGUGUACUCUAUUAACGAUCUAAUUUUUAAAUCACUCAUAUUAGACAUAAUAUAGGGUUCCAGAAAAGUCAUACCUUAAAAAUUAGUAACGUAUUUUUGUUGGACAACAAAAAGAGUAAAGUUUGUGUGUUUAAAUAGCCAGUGAAAAAAGUAAUUUGACAGUAAGUGGGACGCGCCCGAAGCGGACGCACGUUUCAUAGUGUCGCGUCUCCAGCCACAAUCAUGGAGCCGCAGAAGCGCAAGCAGUACGCCUCUGCUCAACUAGAAGCUGCGCUUCUAGCUAUAAAUGAAGGUACCAGCAUAUACGAAGCUUCAAAAACCUAUGGCAUACCGAGGACAACUCUGCGUGACAAGAGAAAUAAUAAAUAUAUAAAUGAACAUUGUGGAAAACAAACAGUUUUAACGAAGGAGGAAGAAAAAAGACUGGUAGACUGGAUUUUUUAUCUCGGGAAGUCAGGUUUUCCUGUAACUAAGGAUCAAUUGUUGGAAACAGUAGCAAAAUUGGUGGAAAACUUAAAUCGCUCUAAUCCUUUUAAAGAUGGUGUUCCCGGAAAAGGAUGGUUUCUUAAGUUUAUGGCGAGGCAUCCUACCAUUUCAAGGCGAAUUACUCAGAAUUUGCCUACAAGCCGUUCACAUAUUACAGAGGAAGCUGUAAGAGCAUGGUUCAAUCGAGUACAUAGUUAUUUUGAACAAAAUAACCUUCUUGAUGUUUUGGAAGAUCCUAGUCGGAUUUUUAAUUGUGAUGAGACCGGAUUCUUUUUGUGUCCGAAAGGAAAACAAGUUCUUGUCCGAAGAGGCAGCAAGAAAGUAUAUAGUAGAGUGGCCAAUGACGAAAAGGAGUGUUUAACAGUGCUAGUAAAUGUGUCUGCAGAUGCUGCAAUAGCACCUCCCAUGGUCUUAUAUCCAUACAAGCGUUUACCAAAAAACAUUGUUCCAACUGUACCAUCUGGAUGGGGUAUCGGUCACACUGAGUCAGGAUGGAUGAAUAUGGCCGCAUUUUAUGAGUACAUUGCCAAUUGCUUUUAUCCCUGGCUGAUUCAGCAUAACAUACAAUUUCCUGUAGCUUUAUUUCUCGACGGUCACACUUCUCAUAUAUCACUCCCUCUGACAGUUUUUUGCAAAGAAAAGGGAAUAAUCCUAAUAGCAUUAUUACCUAAUGCAACGCAUGUUCUUCAACCCUUAGACGUUUCUGUAUUCAGACCCGUGAAAGGAACUUGGAGAACCGUUGUUCAUGAUUUUAGAGUUCAAAACAACUUUGCAAAAUUAAGACGAAUAGAUUUUGCACCUCAAGUGGAUAUUUGCUUAAAAAAUACUCUUGUAUCACAAACAAUUAAGAAUGGAUUCCAAUGUUGUGGAUUAUAUCCCUUUGGACCUGAUAAUGUAAAUUAUGAUAAACUUUUGACAAAAAACGCUAAUGCAACAAGUGAAGAAAGUGGAGACAAUGCAGAUGAUAUUAGUAGCCAUGGAUCGAGUACUGUUACAGGCAAUGAGAAAUCUGUCGACGAUACAGAAAAGUUUAAACAGCAGUUUGAACGUCGCUUAUCACCUGAAGUUCUCCUAAUGUUCCAAAAAUCGGGAUCGGUAUGGAAUGGCGAUGAGACUUACAAAAAAUUAUUUGAGUUUUGGAGGGAUAUUAAUCCUAUCGACAAUACACCUUUACAACAAACUUUCGAUAACAAUUUAGAAUUGGGUGAUACCACGCUUGUCAACAAUAUUGGUGAAGAAGAGACGUUGACUUAUGAAGUCAGUGCAAGUGGAUGUCUUGUUCCAAACCGUUUUAAUACCGUUUCUAAUAAUGUUUUAAUGUUUCCCAUGGACGAAUUGCUAUCUCCAAUUAUAUCUAAAGAAUCGGAUACCAUAUCUUUAUUGAGCACUCAGCCUGAAUCGAAUCUUUUGGAAUAUGUUAAUGAGAUACCCCCCAAAACAAUUACUACUUCAACUGAUUGCGUCAAAGAGUUAAACAGUGAAGAUCACAAUGCAAGAACAUCAACUCCUAAACAAUCCAAUAAAAACUUUAGUGAUGAACCUAUGCUACUACUGAAUAAAAGUCAUAGUGACGACACAUUGUUCACUACAGUUAAUAAUGAAACGCCAUGUAAGUCAAUCCAAAAUUCUAGUCAUUCAAGGUUUAUACCAAAAGAGCUCAAUCUUACAACUCCUUUUAAAAAUGCUCUAUUCUUUCCUAAAGUUGACACUAAAUCAAAUAAAAGAGUUUCCAAAAAAAUUACACCAACUGUUGCAAUAUCAGAUGAGUUCAUGGAAUACCAGAAAAAAGCAGAAGAGAAAAAAGCACAGGAAGAAGAAAAGAAAAAAAUACGGAAAGAAAAAUUACAAAGAAAUAAAAUAGAAAGAGAAAAGAAACAAGCAGAUCUUAGGAAGGCAAAAGAAAGGAAAAAUAUGGGAGCUGUGUCUAAACCAACAAGUGUGAGAAAACAUAAUACAUCAAAAGCGUUGGAAAUACGUCGUAAUACGACGUCAAGUUCAGAAUCUGAAUCUGACUCAGUAUUAAUCCCACGACAAAAUAAUUACAAAGUGAAAACUAAAAAUGCAAUACAUUCAGGUUAUGCUUCAACAUCAGCUAGAGUUCUUCCAAAUACAUCAUCAUCUGAUAAUGAUGAGUUACAUGUACCAAAAACUGUUUCGUAUAAACGACAUAUUAUUUUUCCAUCUGACUCUGAAUCUGAUAAUAUUUUUUAAAACUACUUUAUUUGAAUUUGCAAACGUUGAUUACUGUCUCUCUCUCUUCUCUCUUCUCCUAGCCUUAUUAAUCCCAAGCAUCUUGGGGUCGGCUUCUGUAUUGAGCGAAUUAUAAAUGUGUGUACCUAUUAUAAAGGUAUUUUGUGAUUGUAUUACAGGUAAAAAUAUUUUUGUUACUGAUUUAUAAUAUUUAAUUAGUAUGUAGGUAAUUAAAAAGUAAGCAUUUAAUUAUAUGAAGACUGUUUUCUGAGGCUGAUUAUAUUUUUUAUUAAUUAAAAUAACAAAAAAUAAGUGCUCUAAGCGUUGCAAUAAAUAAUUAUGUUCAUAUUGUAAUAAUGUUGAUCUCAUAACUAUUGUUAUUAUAUAAUAAAUACCUUAAAAACGUUUUUUUAUUUUAUUUAAUAGUAUAGAAGAAGUGACAACUUCGUAGCGGUCGGUAAAAGAAGUAGAAAA